AUGUCUUUACCGCAAAAACUCGAAAUACUGGUUGGCACAUACAACAUAAAUCAACAGCUUAUCAACCAACCCCUAAAAGAUUGGCUUUUCUCGCUCAACAAUGAUUCCUCCUCUACAAUUAUCGACAAGCCAGAUAUCCUAGCAAUUGGGUUUCAAGAAUUUUCACCUUAUCCAUACGCGUUUCUAAACAGAAACACUACACGACUUCAAGACUAUGCAGAACUUAUAGAGCAAGCAAUUAUAGAAUGCACCCACGAAAGUUAUACUCAAAUAGUUGAAGAAUGCAUGGUUGGCUUGUCGUUAUUUGUCUAUGUUCGUGACUCGACUGUAGUGAAACACGUGAAACAGGUCAAGACAGAAAAGGCGGGAGUUGGGCCUUUUUGGAUGGGAAACAAAGGGGCCGUGGCGGCUUUUUUAGAACUUGGGUCACCUCGAGAGGACAGCGAUGAUAAAAGAGGUGUCUCUUUAUGUUUUGUAUGUGCUCAUUUGGCGGCGCAUAAUCAUAAUGUACAUCUGAGGAAUACACAUUUUAGACGUGUAUGUGAACGUCUACUAUUUCCCAAAGGGAAUGAAGAUCAAGAACUUUCUUCAACAACUUCAACAAAAGAAACCGAUUCGGAAAUAAACCGAAAAAAUCACUACAACAUAUAUGACAGUGAUUAUUUAUUCUUUUUCGGUGAUCUAAAUUAUCGAAUAUCUCUAGAACAUCCAACACACCCACCGAUCACUCUUGUCUCUUUAGUAAACACGUUACGAGAACGACAACAUCACCGUCUUUCUCAUUAUGAUCAACUUUCCAUAGCAAGAACAACAGGCAGCACAUUACAUGGAUUUGAAGAAGGUCAAUUGAGUUUUGCGCCGACAUACAAAUUUCAUACGGGCAGUAAUGAAUACAACACGGAAUUAAGAAUUCCAGGAUGGUGUGAUAGAAUCUUAUAUUUUUGGCAUCGUGAAAAUAACGAAGUCAAAGCUACUAGAAGUAAUGCUGUGGUCGAAGAUUACAUAACACCAGCAGAAGGGUCAACUUCUACAGGAUUAAAGGGAUCAACAGCAUUAAAAGAAAAUCGAUCUUUAAUCAAACUUGAAAAUUAUAUUUCUCACCCACAGUACACAUUAUCCGAUCAUAAACCAGUCUCUGCAUUAUUCACAGUGACAACACUAAACCCAGAUCAGCAAAAAAGAAUCUUUGAAUCACCCUUCAAGAUUGACCCCUGGUAUAAAGUGAAAAGACAAAUCGGGGAGGUUUUUGAAAAGAUUGCUGGCGCAUUGUGGUGGAUUUGUGGAACUCCAACCGGUCUUGGUGUCUUGGUUACUGGGGUUACGACGUUUGGUUUUAUUAUUACAAGCCCGAGUUGGGAUCCCUUGGGUCAUUAUGUUCUUCGAGUUUUUCAGAUUCUUGACCAUAGCGUUCCAGUAGCACCCGACUUGAUUCCUUCACAAACUCGGUUUUUCCGGUGCCCGGAGUGCCAUAAAGAAGCUAGCAAUUUAUAUUAA